UGUUCUCAGACUCACACCUCCAAACCAAACACCUAAACCAGAACUAAACACUGGUCGCCGUGAUGUUGCUGGACAGCGAUGAUCAGCAAAACCUGAAUGCCACAGGAUUGCCACAAACCAUUUUGUACAUCUUCCUUGACUCGGUAAAAUCAGUUGAGAGUCGUUUUGUUUCAGUUAACUUCCAGCUGCACUGUAGAAGGUUGGCUGAAGCCAACAUAAUGGAUUUCAGAGCUGAGGAUCAUCAGCACAUCAGAUACAACCCUCUCAAAGGAGAAUGGAUCCUUGUCUCUCCGCAUCGCAUGAAGCGACCGUGGAGCGGACAAGUGGAAGACGUCACGGAAGAUGACGUACCAGAAUUUGACCCCCAAAAUCCCCUAUGUCCGGGGGUCAAACGAGCAUCAGGAGAAGUCAAUCCCAAGUAUGAAUCAACAUUUGUAUUUCCAAAUGACUUCCCUGCAUUACUGGAUGAUGUACCAAGUCCCUCCGAGAGUGAUGAUCCUCUUUUUCAAAUGGGUUCUGCCAAAGGGAAUUGUAGAGUAUUGUGCUUCCACCCAAAAUCUAAUGUCACCUUACCAGUUAUGACUUUGCAAGAAAUACGAACUGUUAUUGAUAGGUGGAUUGAGGAGAUGCAAACACUAAGUGAAAAAUUUGAUUGGGUGCAAAUAUUUGAAAACAAAGGAUCAAUGAUGGGUUGUUCCAAUCCACAUCCUCACUGUCAGAUUUGGUCGUCAUCUUUCUUGCCCAAUGAAGCACGAAUUAAAGACCAAUAUCAACGUGAAUACUUUCAAAAAUAUAAUCAGCCAUUAUUGAUGGAUUACGUGAAGAAAGAAAUAAACAAAAAGGAACGGAUAGUUGUAGAAAAUUGUCAUUGGGCAGUGGUUGUUCCAUUUUGGGCUACUUGGCCGUUUGAAACCAUGAUUCUUCCAAAAGAGCACUUUAAGAGAUUCACUGAUCUUAAAAAUAUUCACAAAGAUAGUCUUGCUGAUAUAAUAAAAAAAAUUACUACAAAGUAUGACAAUUUGUUUAGAGUUUCAUUUCCUUACAGCAUGGGAUGGCAUGGUGCACCAACCGGCUCAAAAAUGAAAGAAGAUGCAAAUCAUUGGGUAUUUCAUGGAAUAUAUUAUCCUCCACUACUUCGCUCUGCUACUGUUAAAAAGUUUAUGGUCGGGUACGAAUUAUUAGCUCAAGCCCAGAGAGAUUUAACACCAGAACAAGCAGCAGAAAGAUUGCGAAAUUUAUCAACAGUGCAUUACAAACAAGAAAAUAAGGAAUAGGCAUUCUAAAAUACUUGUAAUACUCUAGCGAGGAAAUGUGUGAUCCACCCUCUUAGUAACUAACGGUAAUAUGAACAUUAAAAACGUAGUACUGACGGUGGUGUGACUUCUGAUUGUGAGAACAUUAAAUCUAAUCAAAAUGCUUUAAACAUUAUGUGUAUCUGUUUCUGUAAUGAAUUUUUGAAUCGCUGAACUAGAGAAUCAUUAUACAACCUUUAAUUGUUAUGAAUAUACCCAAGAUACUCGCAUAUCUAUUUUGAUUGACAAUAUUGUAAUUGCUCUCUAUAAAUUCUCAUAAUUAUAAAGUGAGUUUUCACAAAAUGUUACAUUUAUUAACAUACUCAUCAUAAUUGCUUUUAAACAAAGUGUAUGAUAUACACCUGAUGAUUCUCACUGAAGCAACUAAAAAAAUAAGAACUAUUACAGUAUUUGUCAUAAAGUUAAAUAAUUGUAAUAUGUCAUUCAGAAAUCAAUUUAUCGACAAAGAAAAUACAAUAUUUGUAAAAAUUAAACAAGGUUUUUAAUUCUUGCAACUCUGAGCCAACCUUGAUUGAAAUGUUUGGCUCGCAAAAGUUAAUUUUACCUUUCCAGCACUAUUCAGUACAUUUAUGCAAAUUUUCUCUUCAUAUAGAACUAUACUUCUUUAGGAAACAUUUCUAAAGUUGUGUACCUCAUACUUAGAACAAUUGAUAUUUACAAGUAUGAAUAAGUAAAUUGCAUUCAUGUCAGUAUUUGUCAUAACAUAGCUACAUUUGCCACUAAAUAAAAAUUAUCAACAGCUGGUACAUAACAAAAAUGUUUUAAAAGUAAAAAGAAUCUAUUCAGAGCAAAAGGGAUACAUAAAUGCAUCAAACUUAUAGAUGUCUUUUACCAUCUAUUUUAACUUUUGAAAUAAUCUUAAAAUCAAAAAUGGAAAAUUGAAAUGUCGAAUAUAUUUAAUACACAGGAAAGGUAGGAUCAACAUUUUUGUUCCAUGCGUGAAGACCACCAAUAAUGUCCUUUAUCUCUACAUUGUCAUCAUCUAGAACUUCUCUUAGUUUUGUAACAGCUCUUUGUGAGUCAUUUCCUCUUCGACAAACUGUGAAAACUUCCAAGGAAAAAUUAAAAUUAAUAAAAAUCAAACAAGAAU